AUGUACGCCUUCAAGGAUUUCGCUCCUUUCUUAUCGGGAUCACCAUUGUCCUCGGUGCAAUCCCUCUUGGUUGUUUUGGGUAUUCUGUUUUCAUUGUUCAUUGUCAGCGGCACGGUAUCCCGGCGCCGCAAUGAGCCUCCGCGCAUGCAAGAGACGAUACCCUAUGUCUCCAAUAUACUUCUCUUCAUGACGGACCAGGCUGCUUUCCUAGACCUAGUGCAAAAAACAUUCAAGAAAACAGGAAGUCAUGUCAUCAAGUGCUACAUUGGAUUUCGCCCGCUCUUCUUUGUCGCCGGACCACGUAAUGUGCAGAGGCUGUUUGGGUCGCCAGACGUUCUUGAUGGCAACUUUAUUCAUUUUCUGCUCAUGUCAAUGCAAUGGGGCAUGAGUGCAACCGAGUUGUCAAAGUUCAAAAAAGAUCGAUCCGGUAGAUUACCGAAACCGAUCCCGGGAAGUGGACCCGUGACCGAGGACCAGCGGUAUUGGAGAAGCCACAGCCGGCUCUACACGGACUUUCUCAGCGAUCCGCGGUACUCGGAAGCCCUGGGUUCGGAUUUUUUGCGUCGUUUUACGGCGCAACUUGACCAAUGGCAGGAGGACACUGCGUCGGAAUGGACCACGGCGCGCCUACUAGGCACCCUAAAGACACAAAUGUCGAGGUGUGCAGCCGAGACGCUGUUUGGUACACGUCUCUUUGACUUGAACCCCGGCUUCACGGAAUGCUACUGGCAAUAUGAUGAAGUGGCGGGAAAACUGCUCCUAGGGUUGCCCUCCUUCUUGAUGCCAGAAGCGGCCCGUGCCAAGCGUCGCCUCCACGCCAUGGUGCGGCGCCACAUUGAUUCGGCUUGGGCGAGUCAGAGUGCCGGCGACGUGGAUGCCGAGUGCCUCUGGGAGCCGCAUUUCGGCUCGCGCCUGUCUCGGGAGAGCGCCAUGUGGAUGCGCGCACAAGGCUUUUCAGAUCAUGCCGCUGCCGGGCAUACUUUGGCAUCUCUAUUUGGCCUCAACGGAAACACGGUACCAAUCACGGCUUGGGCUUUGAUGGAGCUCAUCAAAGACCCAUCGCUCCUGGCUGCCGUACGAUCCGAGAUUCUCGAAGGGGGACUGAAUGCCGAGACUGGCGAGUUGGACGCUCAACGUGUCAUGAACUUGGCGCUACUUCAGUCGAUAUAUAUCGAGACCAUGCGCCUGCAUGUUUCCUUCAAUGUGUCACGCGAAGUGCGCGACGGCCCCUUUGAGAUCGUGCCUGGGUGUUGGGCAGACACUGGCGCCAUUAUUCAGACAUGCUCCACUGUAGCCCACUUGGAUGAGGAGGUCUGGGGGGUUGACCAACACCCCGCGAGUGAGUUCUGGGCCUGGCGGCAUGUUCAAACCGAGGAGGCAUACGACGACCUGACGGGCCGUAUGGCUUCUCGGUCGCGCUUCGUCAUGCGCGCAAGGCCAACAUCAUUCUUCCCAUACGGGGGCGGCUACUGGGUAUGCCCUGGGCGCCAUUUCGGAAAGAUGGAGAUCAUGCUAGCUCUGGCCCUGAUUGUGAUCAGAUUCGAUCUGGAGUUUGUGAAAUGGACAAAUCUAGAUGGCUCAGAGACAGAUCGGCCAGCCGUAGAUGACAAAAGGUACGCUGGUAGUAUUGCAAUGUUUCCGGAUCGGGAUCUCUGCUUUCGUUGGCGGAAGCGUCAACUUGAGAAGUAG